ACACGCAUAGCUCCACUUGUGGCGCUAAAUAAGACUCAGGUGUGUAUCAAAACAAAGAUGGCGGCUCGAGGAUAAACCGGAUGGGAAAUCAAAUGGGCUAUAAAUGUUUUUUUAAUGUAACGGGCGAGAUGUGUUUUAUCCGUACGUGUAGAGGAAUCAUCCCAUUAGCGGGGUGGUGGCGGAGGAAUCACUGAUCAGUUACUGGCGAAGCUACAAAUGAGGCUGAUACUGAUAUGUCCGAUACUCCACUGGCACUUGAAAGCAGCAGCAGGCCAGUCGCUCCGGGCGCUGUCGGAGCUUUUCGGAUCCGUCGAAGUGCUCGAAGUGUUCGUGUGCCAACGGCUACAAACAUCGGCACCGGACAGGUGUCAGUGCACAUGAACUGCUGUCCGUGAGAGUGGGUGUUAGCGUUCUUUAAAAACCUCAAAACCGCUUUACAGUCACCAUAAUGGCAGAGAUGAGCAGUCGACUGUGCUGCAGUUCGCCAUCCAGCUACAACAGCAGGACGACGCGUUUCUCCUCCUAAUAACUUGCUUUGCUGCGGCCCGAGCAGUUUGUUCUUCUGAGGGCGUCGACGUUUCUUACAUUGUGUUCUUCUAUUAUUUGCUGUUUCUCUCACUCGAUCGGAAACGGCAGCAGCGACGUCUCAAGGAGGAGCAUCCCCCUGGUGUUUAUUACAGGAGGGGACGCACAACAAACCAGGGACUCGACGCACAUACAGUCAGGAGCAAACAUGUUCGAGACCAGAGGAAUCCCCUUUGUCCUGUUGGACAUAGCCUGUCUGAUUCUAGCUGGAAUUCCGUUUGUAAUACUCAAUGUACAACACAGACCUUUCCGCCGAGGCUUUUUCUGUAAUGAUGAUUCACUCAAGUAUCCUGUUAAAGAAGACACCAUUUCCUAUCCAUUGCUAGGAGCUGUUAUGAUUCCCAUCACAAUAAUCACUAUUAUCUUGGGCGAGUGCCUUUCAGUUUAUCUAAAGCGCGUCCGAUCCAACUCCUCAUUUGGCAGCUACCUUGCCCGUGUUUACAAAGCCAUUGGUACCUUCCUCUUUGGGGCUGCGAUGAGCCAGUCUUUGACCGACAUAGCCAAGUAUUCUAUUGGCCGACUCAGGCCACACUUUCUGACAGUUUGCAAACCUGAUUGGACACUUCUCAACUGUUCCUCUGGGGCUUAUAUCGAGGAUUUCACCUGCGCUGGAGAUCCAACAAAAGUCAAUGAGGCCAGAUUAUCCUUCUACUCCGGCCACUCCUCUUUCUCUAUGUACUGCAUGCUGUUCCUGGCACUCUACCUGCAGGCGCGACUUCAGGCUGAGUGGGCGAGGCUGCUGAGACCCACGCUUCAAUUUUUCCUGAUUGCUGCUUCAGUGUACACAGGAUUGUCAAGGGUGUCCGAUUAUAAACAUCAUUGGAGCGAUGUGCUGACGGGACUCCUGCAGGGGGCCCUUAUGGCCAUCCUGGUGGUCUUCUUUGUGUCUGACUUCUUUAAGCCACGUGUAAAUUUGCAUAAGGAGGUGGACAUCCCUCACACUACCCUGCAGGACACCCCAACAAAUGGAAACCACUUUGAGAGCCCCAACUAAGCUAAGCAAGAGGUGGAGGCGGCUACCUCUGCAUGGUCCAAACGCACACCCAGGAUCCCAGCUCUCUAGCCUUUCAUCUCACACAUUCUCAUCAGAUGCCCUGCCUGGCUUUACAGUGUAGAGUACUUGAAUCUUACUUCAAGUAUGCUUGUCAGUGAUGCAUCCCAGAAGAGACUUUUGGAAGCAACACCUCAGGCCUGUUCAGAGUAUAAGACAAUUUGCCGUUUUGUCCACAGUUUCUCCAUCUGGAGGGAAAGUGGCAAGACAACCCGUCUAACCCUUGUAGAUAAGAUGAAGUGACUGAGACAGAUGUAGAUUAGAGGCUAGAGAUUCUGUAAGGACAGACCCAUUUUGUAUGUAUCUAUCUACUGAGCUGGUGGGAAGACUUACCUGCAUGCACCACUAAAGGAUCUGACCACUGCCAGAUGAGAGAGAGGAGUGUUAGAAACCUGUGAAUGUAACCCUGCUUUGUGCCUUCCGUGACCUGGAGUCAGUUUGCUCAAAGAUCUGAUUUAGAGUCAGUUUUAAGUCCAGUGAGCAGGGAGACAUCCAAGUCUUUUAGCUCCACUACCUUCAGCCCAAUCUAAGUUGUUUUUCCAAGAGCGUGCUGGAGGCUAAAGCUGAUCCUAAACCAGAGGGCAACACUGCUUCAGUCUGGAGCUGCUGACUCCAAGUCACAGCUGUCUUAUUCUCAGUCGUCUAAUCUCAUAUUCAAGAAGGAAGCUCGACUCAUGUCAGGUUAGAGGGCUGAAGCGUAGACGGCCACUUUGUCCUGUGCUGCCUUUGCUGGACUGCUUCUGUUAUCACAGCUCCCUGUGUAUCGAAGAACUAAUAUAUAAACAUCAAGUCAGACAAAUGCACUUUUGUAUAAUCUGUAUGUGAACACAUUACUACAGACUUUUAUUGAAAAAGUUACAUAUGUACAAGUGUCUAAAACAACAACAAAAGGAAAAAGCCAUUUUAACACGAAUGCAUAUGAAACACUGAAUUGUAUUGUCAAAGUUAAAGCAUGACCUGUUACCUUUAUCAGUCAGAUAUCAAUGUCAUACUGCACAAACUAAAUAAAAGCAUGAAUGUUCAAUGUA